AUGGCUCCCAAGUCCCUGCUCUACACUCUCUUCUCCACCCUCAGCGUCGCUCUUGCGGCGUCUAUCCCCCAGACCGACUACGAUGUAAUUGUAGUGGGUGGAGGUCCGGCCGGGCUCAGUACUCUGAGCAGUCUCGGGCGUAUGAGACGCAGGACUGUGAUGUUCGACUCGGGCGAAUAUCGCAACGCUCCUACGCGAGAAAUGCAUGAUGUGAUCGGAAAUGAUGGCACCCCACCGGCCCAAUUCCGUGCGCUCGCUCGCGAGCAGAUCUCCAAAUACAACUCGACCAGUGUCAUCGACAUCAAGAUCGACUCCAUCACUCCCGUCGAGGACACCGCGGCCAACACCUCGUAUUUCCGCGCCGUCGACGCCAACGGUACCCAAUACACCUCCCGUAAGGUUGUCUUGGGCACCGGGCUGGUCGACCUGAUCCCUGAUGUCCCCGGCCUGCGCGAAGCCUGGGGCAAGGGCAUCUGGUGGUGUCCCUGGUGUGACGGGUACGAGCACCGGGACGAGCCCCUGGGUAUCCUCGGCGGAUUGCCCGACGUCGUCGGCAGUGUCUUGGAAACCCACACCUUGUACUCGGACAUUAUCGCCUUCACGAACGGCACCUACACACCCGCCAACGAAGUCACCUUGGCAGCCAAAUACCCAAACUGGCAGAAGCAGCUCGAGGCGUGGGACGUCCGCAUUGACAACCGCUCUAUUGCAUCGAUUGAGCGUGUCCAGGAUGGGGACGCCCACCGCGAUGAGACAGGUAGACAGUAUGAUAUCUUCCGGGUUCAUUUCACGGAUGGAUCUACCGUGGAGCGUAACACAUUCAUCACAAACUACCCUACCGCGCAGCGCUCCACACUCCCUGAUGAGCUGAGCCUGGUCAUGGUAGAUGAUAAGAUCGACACGACUGAUUACACGGGCAUGCGGACAAGCGCGCCGGGUGUGUUUGCCGUUGGCGAUUGUAACAGUGACGGGAGCACGAAUGUUCCGCAUGCCAUGUUCAGCGGGAAGAGAGCGGGUGUUUAUGUACAUGUCGAAAUGUCCCGCGAAGAAUCCAACGCCGCCAUCUCCAAGCGCGACCUCGAAAAGCAAACCGAGCGUAUGGUCGGCAGCGAGAUGGAGAAGCUCUGGAAGCGGGUGCUGGAUAUGCACCGGUAA